GAGAGGUUAUUAGGUGAAUGUUAGUCUGAAGGGUUAAGAGAAUGAGGUUUGUGGGUACAAGAAGAAGAAGGAACGUUCUAUCAUUAGCUAUGUUCCUCACUGUAAUGGUACAGACUGCAGGCGGACCUACAGACCCACAGGAGAUACAGAUAUUAAAAGCUAAACAAGUUUCUACUAAUAACCAGAUGAAAGCCAUUUACGCUUUUGAUGGAAACGUUACGACGUUUUCACUGACUGAGGAUGAAAAGGGGGAUGACUGUUGGAUAGAAUUCACACUUGUAGAUAGAUAUGACAUUGCUAGACUCGAAAUAGUGAACAGGUUUGCGGAGACAGGCGAUAACAAAUGGUGUGCUAACCAGACCAGUACAUGUGCUUCUAGAAUCCAAUUUAUAGAGGGUGUAGUGUACAGAGACACCAGCAGUAAGCAAGGUAAAUGCGGUAAGAUAGAAACGUACAACGAUACAUUGGACGAGAAAAAUCAGACUUACACUCUUUACUGCAACAGACACUACGGUGACAAGAUUAAAUUAACUCGGACUGGUAAACAGGGUCUGGCACACAACGUGAUUAACAUAGCAGAGUUCAGAGUGUAUGGGUACGAGAACACAGGAAGGAAGGUGUCAGAGAAUGAGGUGCACCUGACUGGAGGUAGUAUGAGUGAGGUAUUAAAGAACUUUACAGCAGAGUUAGCAUUAGAUGGGGAUCUCACCACCUACGCUCACACAGCAGCUUCUAACAAUUCCUGGAUCAGGGUGGUGUUUGAGGAGGUGUCUGCUGUCCUGUAUGUGCACAUUAUCAACAGGUUCUCAGAUGACUGGUGUAAGGACACGCUAAAUCAGUACAACUGUCAAGUGGAGAGACUGGAGGGAGCCCAGGUGUGGCUGGAGCAGGAGGAAGAGGAGGAAGAGGAGGAGGAGGAGGAGGUGUUGUGUGGGACUAUUGAGGGGGUGAAACAAAGUGUCAAACUGGAGGAUAAUACGCACAGGUACUGA